AUGAUACUUCUCGCCGUUAUUGCCUGCGGCCUUGUAUCGAUUGUCUAUGCGAUCUGGGCCACCCAGUCGGUGCUUGCAGCCGACCAGGGCAACGAGCGCAUGCAGGAAAUCGCCGGCGCGAUCCGCGAGGGCGCACAGGCCUAUCUGAACCGGCAAUACACCACCAUCGCCAUCGUCGGCGCCGUGGUCUGCGCCAUUACCUGGGUGCUUCUGGGCGCAACGGCGGCCAUCGGCUUCCUGAUCGGCGCGGUGCUUUCGGGCGUCGCCGGCUAUAUCGGCAUGUUCGUGUCGGUCCGCGCCAAUGUGCGCACCGCCCAGGCCGCCGCCCACUCGCUGUCGGGCGGUCUGGACAUCGCCUUCAAGUCGGGCGCGAUCACCGGCAUGCUGGUGGCCGGCCUCGCGCUGCUCGGCGUUGCGAUCUACUACUAUGUCCUGACCGACAUGAUGGGCCUUUCGCCCGAAAGCCGCACCGUCAUCGAUGCGCUCGUCGCGCUGGGCUUCGGUGCAUCGCUGAUCUCGAUCUUCGCGCGUCUCGGCGGCGGCAUUUUCACCAAGGGUGCCGAUGUCGGCGGCGAUCUGGUCGGCAAGGUCGAAGCGGGCAUUCCCGAGGACGAUCCGCGCAACCCGGCAACCAUCGCCGACAAUGUGGGCGACAAUGUCGGCGACUGUGCCGGCAUGGCCGCCGACCUGUUCGAGACCUAUGCGGUGACCGUCGUCGCCACCAUGGUGCUUGGCGCGAUCUUCUUUGCCGGCACCGACGUGCUGGCUUCGGUCAUGCUCUAUCCGCUGGCCAUCGGCGCCGCGUGCCUUCUGACCUCGAUCAUCGGUACCUUCUUCGUGCGUCUGGGCACCAACGGCUCGAUCAUGGGCGCGCUCUACAAGGGCCUGAUCGCGACUGGCAUCCUCACCGUCUUCGGCCUUGGCGCGGCGACCUCGCUGACCGUCGGCUGGGGCGAGAUCGGCGAAGUUGCCGGCAAGACCAUCGAGGGCCGGUAUCUGUUCUACUGCGGCCUGAUCGGUCUCGUCGUCACCGGCCUGAUCGUGAUCAUCACCGAAUACUACACCGGCACCAACAAGCGUCCGGUCAACUCGAUCAGCCAGGCAUCGGUGACCGGCCACGGCACCAACGUCAUCCAGGGUCUGGCCGUUUCGCUUGAAUCGACCGCACUGCCGGCCAUCGUCAUCGUCGCCGGCAUCAUCUCCACGUUCCAGCUUGGCGGCCUGUUCGGUACCGGCAUCGCGGUCACCGUGAUGCUCGGCCUCGCCGGCAUGAUCGUCGCGCUCGACGCGUUCGGUCCGGUCACCGACAAUGCUGGCGGCAUUGCGGAAAUGGCCGGUCUCGACCCGGAAGUGCGCAAGUCCACCGACGCGCUCGAUGCGGUCGGCAAUACCACCAAGGCCGUCACCAAGGGCUAUGCCAUCGGUUCGGCCGGCCUCGGCGCGCUGGUCCUGUUUGCAGCCUAUUCGAACGAUCUGACCUACUUCGUCGCCAAUCCGGACACCUACAGCUACUUCUCCGAUGUUGGCGAGAUCUCGUUCGAUCUGUCCAACCCCUAUGUCGUUGCCGGCCUUUUGUUCGGCGGCCUGAUUCCGUACCUGUUCGGCGGCAUCGCGAUGACCGCCGUCGGCAGGGCCGGGAGCGCGGUGGUCGAGGAAGUGCGUCGUCAGUUCCGCGAAAAGCCGGGCAUCAUGGAAGGCACCGAGCGCCCGGACUAUGCCCGCGCGGUCGACAUGCUGACCAAGGCCGCGAUCAAGGAGAUGAUCGUGCCGUCGCUGCUGCCGGUUCUGGCGCCGCUUGUUGUCUAUUUCGGCGUGCUGCUGAUCUCGGGCUCGAAAGCCUCGGCCUUUGCCGCGGUCGGCGCGAUGCUACUCGGCGUGAUCGUCAACGGCCUGUUCGUCGCCAUCUCGAUGACCUCGGGCGGCGGCGCCUGGGACAAUGCGAAGAAGUCGUUCGAAGACGGCUUCAUCGACAAGGACGGCGUCAAGCACGAAAAGGGUUCGGAAGCCCACAAGGCGUCGGUGACCGGCGACACGGUCGGCGAUCCCUACAAGGACACCGCCGGCCCGGCCGUCAACCCGGCGAUCAAGAUCACCAACAUCGUCGCACUGCUGCUGCUGGCGGUUCUCGCCCACUAG